UCUCGCCCGUGGCCGAGGCCGUUACUGUUGCCUCCGCGCGGCUCUGGCGGCGGCGGCGGCUCUGGCGGCGGCGGCGGCUCCCGGGGCUCGCGGAGGGCAGCGGGCCGCCCCUCGCCCGUGGCCGCCUGGAGCAGCCGGGCGCUGGGACCGGGGAGGCGAGACGGCGGCGGCGGCGGAGGCGGCGGGUCGUGCCCGGCCCCCCUCUACGCCUCCAGCCCCCGGGCGACUGCGGACGCCGGGCAGCCCCCGGGCGGCGGCCGAAGCGGCCGAGCGGACGGCCGGGGAUGGCGAGAUAGCGGCGCGGGAGCGGCCCAACUGACUACAUUGCACAGAUGAUGGACAUUUCCUUAUGUUUGAAACGACCAUCCCGGAUGGCGGGCAGUGAAAGAAUGAGGAUGACUUCGAAUUUCCAGUGGCUCUUAUUAACGGUUCUUCUUCUAUAUUUAAUGAAUCAAGUAAACAGCCAGAAAAAAAGGACUCCUCAUGAUUUGAAGUGUGUAACUAACAAUUUACAAGUGUGGGACUGUUCUUGGAGAGCACCCUCUGGAGCAGGCCGGGGUGCUGCUUAUGAAGUUUGCAUUAAAAAUGGGUCCCAUUCCUGUUAUCGAUCAGAGAAAAAUAUUAAAAUCCCAGCUCUUUUACCUGGUGAUCAUGAAAUAUCAAUAACCGCUUUACAUAAUUUUGAAAGUCCUAUAAGUAAAUUCACACUAAAUGAAGAAAACGUUUCCUUAAUUCCAGAUGCUCCAGAGAUCUUGGAUUUGUCUGCUGAGUUCUCAACUUCUACAUUACACCUAAAGUGGAAUGACAAGGGUUCUCUUUUCCCACAUCACUCAAACGUCAUCUGGGAAAUUAAAGUUCUACGUAAAAAGAAUAUGGAAAUUGUAAAAUUAGUGACCCACAACACAACUCUGAAUGGCAGGGAUGCAGUUCAUCACUGGAGCUGGGCCUCAGACAUGCCCUUGGAGUGUGCCACUCACUCUGUGGGGAUUCGAUGCUACAUUGAUGAUCUUCAGUUCUCUGGUCGCAAAGAGUGGAGUGACUGGAGCCUACUGAGGAACAUCUCUUGGUCUCCUGAUUCUCAAACUAAGGUUUUUCCUCAAGACAGAGUGAUACUUGUAGGUUCAGAUAUAACAGUAUGUUGUGUGACUCAAGAAAAAGUGUUAUCAGCACAGAUUGGCAGUACAUACUGUCCCCUUAUCCAUCUUGAUGGGAAAAAUGUUGCAAUCAAGAUCCGUAAUAUUUCUGCUUCUGAAAGUAGUGGAACAAAUGUGGUUUUCUCAGUAGAAGAUAACAUGUUUGGAACAGUUAUUUUUGCAGGAUAUCCCCCUGAUAUUCCUCAACAACUGAACUGUGAAACAUAUGAUUUAAAAGAGAUUAUAUGCACUUGGAAUCCAGGAAGACCAACAUCCUUGGUGGGCCCACGCAAUACAAGUUACACUUUGUUUGAAAGUUUUUCAGGAAAAUAUGUUAGAUUUAAAAGAGUUGAAUUGCCCACAAAUGAAAGCUAUCAGUUAUUCUUUCAAAUGCUUCCAAAUCAAGAAAUAUACAAUUUUACAUUGAAUGCUCGAAAUCCUCUGGGUCAAUCAGAAUCAACACUUUUAGUUAAUAUAACUGAAAAAGUUCAUCCCCAUAUUCCUACCUCGAUCAAAGUGAAGGAUGUUAAUUCAACAGCUGUUACACUUUCCUGGCAUUUACCAGGCAGCUUUGCAAAGAUUAAACUGUUAUGUCAAAUUGAAAUUAAUAAAACCAACUCAGUACAUGAAUUGCGGAAUGUCACAAUAAAAGGAGUAGAAAACUCAAGUUAUCUUGCUGCUGUGGACAAGUUAAAUCCAUAUACCAUAUAUACUUUUCGGGUCCAUUGUUGUACUGACCCCUUCUGGAAAUGGAGCAAAUGGAGCAGUGAAAAACAGUAUUUAACAACAGAAGCUAUUCCUUCAAAGGGACCAGAUACUUGGAGAGAGUGGAGUUCUGAUGGAAAAAAUUUAAUAAUAUAUUGGAAGCCUUUACCCAUUAAUGAAGCUAAUGGAAAAAUACUCUCCUAUAAUGUAUCAUGUUCCUCAGAGGAGGAAACUCAAUCCCUUUCUGAGAUUCCGGAUCCUCAACACAAGGCAGAGAUACAACUUGAUAAAAAUGACUACAUCAUCAGCGUGGUGGCCAAAAAUUCUGUCGGCUCAUCACCACCUUCUAAAAUAGCGAGCAUGGAAAUUCCAAAUGAUGAUCUCAAAAUAGAGCAGGCUGUUGGAAUGGGAAAAGGGAUUCUCCUCACUUGGAAUUAUGACCCCAACAUGACUUGCGACUAUGUAAUUAAAUGGUGUAACUCAUCUCGGUCUGAACCCUGCCUCAUGGACUGGAAAAAAGUCCCUUCAAACAGCACUGAAACUGUAAUAGAAUCUGAUCAGUUUCGACCAGGUGUAAGAUACAGUUUCUUCCUGUAUGGGUGCAGAAAUCAAGGAUAUCAAUUACUGCGUUCUAUAAUUGGAUAUGUAGAAGAAUUGGCUCCAAUUGCUGCACCAAAUUUUACUGUUGAGGAUACGUCUGCAGAUUCGAUAUUAGUGAAAUGGGAAGAAAUUCCUGUGGAAGAGCUUAGAGGCUUUUUAAGAGGGUAUUUAUUUUACUUUGAAAAAGGAGAGAGUGACACAUCUAAGAUUAGCAGUUUAGAAUCAAGUCGUUAUGACAUAAAGGUUAAGAAUAUUACUGACUUAUCCCAGAAGACACUGAGAAUUGCUGAUCUCCAAGGUAAAACAAGCUACCAUCUGGUCUUGCGAGCCUAUACGGAUGGAGGGAUGGGCCCAGAGAAGAGCAUGUUUGUGGUGACAAAGGAAAACUCUGUGGGACUGAUCAUUGCCAUUCUCAUCCCAGUGGCAGUGGCCGUCGUUGUUGGAGUGGUAACGAGUAUCCUUUGCUAUCGGAAACGAGAAUGGAUUAAAGAAACCUUCUACCCUGAUAUUCCAAAUCCAGAAAAUUGUAAAGCUUUACAGUUUCAAAAGAGUGUCUGUGAGGGAAACAGUGCUCUUAAAACAUUGGAAAUGAAUCCUUGUACCCCAAAUAACGUCGAGGUUCUGGAAACUCGGUCAACAGUUCCUAAAAUAGAGGAUACAGAAAUUAUUUCUCCAGUAGCUGAGCGGCCAGAAGACAGCUCUGAUGCAGAACCCGAAAACCACGUGGUUGUGUCCUAUUGCCCACCAGUCAUUGAGGAAGAGAUAGCGAACCCAGGAGCAGACGAAGGCGGGGGGGCCUCACAAGUCAUUUACAUUGACAUCCAGUCCAUGUACCAGCCGCAGGCAAAACCAGAGGAAGAACCCGAGAAUGGCCCUGUAGGGGGGACAGGCUAUAAGCCACAGAUGCGCCUCCCUGUUCCUUCUACUGUAGAAGAUCUGGCUGCAGAUGAUGACUUAGAUAAAACUGCAGGUUACAGACCUCAGGCAAAUGUAAAUACUUGGAACUUAGUAUCUCCAGACUCACCUCGGUCCACAGACAGCAACAGUGAGAUUGUCUCCUUUGGAAGUCCGUGCUCCAUCAGCUCCCGACAAUUUCUGAUUCCUCCCAAAGAUGAAGAUUCUCCUAAAUCUAGUGGAGGAGGGUGGUCCUUUACAAACUUUUUUCAGAACAAACCAAAUGAUUAACAGUGUCCCCCCCUCCCGUCACUGCAGUCCGCCAUCUCAAUAAGCUCCCGUUGCUAGAGUUGCUGCGUCAGCACUGGGCGCCUUGGAGGGAUCCUGUGAAGUGUUGCUAGUGAGGUGGACUUCACUCGUGUAAGUUACACUAAAAGUGUUAAUGUGCUUUUAAUGUGGUCUCAAAGCCAAAGUACAGUAACUCAGAAAUUCGGUCCACACAACUCACGAUUUGGAGCUGUUUGUGAUUCGAGCCAAAGAGUUCUCACGUUGCUCUGCCUUCAAGAAGCGUCUCAGUAACGAAUACUGCCUGGUCCACGUGUGCAAAACAAACCCCACAGCAGCUGUAUUCUGUUCUGUUGUUCAUCAGGUUUUCUCAUGCAUAUACUUUAUGGAAUCGCAAGCAGGUUUGCAGGCAAGGGAGAAAAAUGUCAGAGUAUCAGAUGGUGUUUAUUUGCCUGACAUUUGCUCCAUUCUAGAUGAAAACCAAGCACAGAUUUUAAAACUUUUAACACUAUUCACUAUCCACAGCAUUUAAGAAAAUUAAUAUAAUUUUUAAUGUAUCAGUAGCAACAGCUAUUUAGUGUUUUGUUUGAUAAAGUAUGCUGAUUUCUGUGCCUACUGUAUAAUGGUUAUCAAACAGUUUUCUCAGGGGUACAAACUUGGAAAACGAGCGUAACACCGACCAGCUCAAAUCAGAAUCAUGUUUUCUUGCUUUGGUAGGUUUUUCACACUGUUCCAUUAUUUUUUAGCUUUUAUGCUAGCUUUCCUUAUUAGGUGGCCCUAAUAUUUAAAACUAAAUUUCUAAGACUACAGAUCUUAAGUUUUUUUUUUUAAAAAUGUGUUUUUUGUUUUGUUUUGGUGACAGUGUCAGCUUUAUAAAUAUAUGAGCAAAUUCAAUAUUAUUCAUAAACAUAUAGUUCCAGUGACUUACUAUUUGAGACGACUACUAAGCAAUACCUGGCAGCAUUAGCUGUCUUUAUGGUUCGGGUUGGCCUCAGUUCCUCCUGAGAAGACCAUGCUUUGAGCCCCAGUUGCCCAGGCAGUGACGGUCUCUGACACCUUCUAGCAGGUGUUCCUUCUCAUCGCGCAUCUUAGCAGUUCCUCCCUCUUAAAGGAUCAUCCGUCCAGACUAUUUGAUUCAGUCCUUAAAUUUUAACAUAUAAAACUAAAAAGAUAAUGCUUCUUACAGGGACAGUUACUCAAGGGCUAUUUUACGUGGAAUGUCACAAGACAGCUUUGACUCCACGGGCAUCCCUGUACUGAAGGUACAGCAGUUGCUCUGGGAGCUCUCCAGAGUCGUGUCCUCACAGCAUCCUCUGCCCACCCCUGGUUUUCAUAAGUGUUGUCUAGAAUGAAUGUGGUUCUUGGAAAAGCAAACUGAAAAUCUAAAAAGUGUAUAUUUCCCCUGCCCUCAGGUUGUCUAUGUAUUUUGAGAGUUAAGGCAAAAGUGCUUGAAAAUUUGGAAGAUCCGAAGAAGUCAAGAAAUGCCUUUUUUUUUAAUCAUAUGAGGUUCUGUAAUGUGUUUGCACAUAAUGGAUUGGUUACUUUUUUUUUUAGCCCAUAAUGUAUUGUUGUAAAAGCCAUGUUGUCGAAAAAAGCCACAACAAGGGUGACAAGGGGCAAAAUCUAUUCAAUAGAUACUCUGUUUAUGAAUCCUAAUUUUAAUUGCUGGGAUUCAAUUAAAUUCCUGAGCUUCCUGAUAUAUGAACAUGUGGAGUGAAAUACAAUUAAUUAUGUGUACAAAUAGCAUAGUAAAACUACACAGUAGCUCACAGAAGUUUUCAGCAUUGAAAAUCGUAUCAAACCAGAGCCACCAGUUUGCUCCAUCCUCUUAUUUCCCCUGUUGGCCUCCUUCCCUUUGCUUCCACCCCAGACACGCAGACCUGGGCCGCCUUCUCUCCCUGCAGAAGCUUGUUGCUACCACACCCCUCUUGCCCCUAACUCAUGCCUUUUUCCCCAUCGAAACUAGUCGAUCCUGUACCUCGUCUCUUUAGGAUAAGUGCUGGUCACGGUGGACGUUUAUUGCUAUAAACUCCACUAACCUGAGAUAAUGGGAAAAAGCCAGAAGAGAUUGUUUGAUCUCUGUCACUAAUGCAUAUGCGUUUCAGUGUGACCAUUUUUUGUAUCCAGAGCCUUGUCUAACCUACAUAACAACUCAUUUUUUUGGUCAGUGGUGAAUAUCACUGGGGCUUUUGAGUCCCCCCACUCCGUCCAAGACUUCACAGCUUUUUCUGCAUGAAAAAAAUUCAGAGUGCAGCUCACGUGUCCCCUGCCUCUGGAGGUCCACACACGGGUCACUGGGUUAAUGAGAAGCAGAGUCUGGCUCAGUUGGUCUGGGCAGGCUCCAUGUAACUCGUGAUAUGCUUAAAAGAGUGUGGUUUAGGUCCGAGGUCAAAACAGGUUUCCUUACCCUUCCCCGUUGAAUUGAAGACAGCCAGACCUGCUCUGCAGAUGGGAAGUGAUUACUUCCCAAUCCCCGCCCCACCUGGGUACGUGGGGAUGGGGGGGGGGGGGUGCGGGGAGGGAGCCAGGGAGAGAGAAGACACACUCUGUUACAUAUCCAGUUGUUUGUGGCACUGGAGACCCUGGUGAGCGUGCACUGUGUCAGUGCCAGGACCAUGCGCACAGGUGAAAGGUGGUCUAAUAGGGCCUUGCUCUGUCCAGUCAGAUCAGCUCCUCUUUGUGGAGGAGGGCUAACUAAAGGCUGCUUAGAAAGGGAGGGUAGAUGUGUUCCCUCCAGCCCUUGCUGACUGGGAGAAUAAUUGAGAAACCCCUCUUUCCUACUAAAGUUUCCAACUAAAGCUCAAUCAUUGGUUAGAAAAUUCUAAAUGUCUGAAGUAGAAAUCUAUCCCAUUAUGUCUUGAUUAUUGCUGUGUAAAUGAUAGAUUUUCACAUUUCCUACAAGCCAGUUAACUUAUCACAAGCCAGUUUGAAAUCAAGCUUCCCUUGUGAGGCAUGGAGAUCCUGGAGGUCAUCGUGACCGCAUUUCUCUUGUGAGUGGCCAUCUUAAAUAAAACAUAUUUAACAUAAAAGUAUUCUUGGAAGACAGCUUGGCUUUUGACAUUAGAUAGACCUUGUGAAUUCCGUAUUGCAUGGGCCAGCCUCCACAUAUGAUUGAAGCCUUCAGUGUCCUGAACCUGUAGAGAAGCCUGGGUUUGACACUGUGGCCCAAGUAUCUGGAUAGUUGCAUUGGCUUUUUAUGUGCUUAGGUGACAGAGGUGCUUUGUCCCUGCAGCUUAGACACAAAGGCAGCCAUUCAUCAAAUAGUUUAAGGGCACAAGUUUCAGCCUCAUCUUCCAUACCAGCAUUGCUUUCACAGCUCGUGGAUCUGAAGGAUUGCAUUUAGAACAUCUAGUCCUUUUGCACUCACAAACUGUGGUAAAAGUCACAUUCUUAAACCUUCAUGCAACUUGUAUUCUUGUUGGAAAUUAGUCCUGUAAUUUCUUAAUUGUCUUCAUACCGUCCAGUACAGCCCUUUCUGUCUUUGAAUAAUUAGAUGUAGUUUAGUGAAGGAGAACAUUUUCUUCCAAAAGGAAUUUAGAAUUCUAAAUUAGAAUUUAGAAUUUAGAAUCAAUUUUAUGAUAGUUUGAAAUGAAAGUACUCCCCUAACCUGUCAACAUGCAGAAAAUAUUAUCUCAAAGUUUUCUACAACUCAGGCACAUAAUCUGCUGAGACUUUUUUUUUCUAUUUAAUCUGAAGUAAUUUUUACUGUUUUCUGUUUUGAACCAUGUUAAAAUUUGUGUCUUUUAUAAAAUGCCUUUUCCCCCUUAUUUUGAAAGUAUAAAAUUGGGCAUCUCAAAAGUCAACUGUGGGAUCAUUAGCUAAUCACUAAGACUAGGCACAUAAUGGAAAUUUCAGUCAGUUUUUUAUUGAUUUAGUUCCAUCUCAGGAUGUGCAGAUUCAACAGAGUUUUCCUGAAGGGUGCUAUAUGUCAAGAUCUAGCUUGUGUAGAUCUGAAACUAUUGGCUUGAAGAUUCAAAUCUACCCUAGAAGUAACUCCACAGUUUGAAUGAAAACUUGAGAAAGACUCAUGCAAAAGCAUCACCAAAUAUCUUAUUCCAACCUAAUUUUAAGCAGUCACAGUAUCUUUUUAUUUUAUGGGUACACAAGGGUGGGACACGUUCGUACCAAACAACAAGUGUCUCUAGCAAACGAACAACACACUGAUGUGUGAGCUUAACAGACUAGGAGAAGCUCUCAUUCUCCUGAUAAACUCUUUCUCAAAGAAUUUAUUUUAAACUGGUAUUUCCUGCUGAAACAAAGUUUCGUGGUACCAUUGCCCGUCUUAUUUUUCAUAUCCAGAAGAAAAUCUUUCACAAAAGAAAAUGAUUUGUGACUAAACUUACUGGAAAUGCAGCUCUUAGACAUGGCCUUAGAAUGUCAUUGGAAAUGACUUAUUUUGAAUUUGGCCUCUUUAUACCUCCAUGGAUUAUGUACCAAGGCUAUUAAUAUUUAAACCUCUUACUUCAAUAGGGUGGUGAAAUUUUUAUUCCUUUUCAGUUAGUACUUUUGUCUUAACUAUUACAUGACCAUGUUCAUGCUAAUUAUGAUACAAAGGAACUAUUUUUAAUGCUGGUAAUGGAUUAAAGGAUAACAUUCUAUGAAUUGAAAUGUCAGGCUUUAAUGAAUAUGAUGAAAUUUCAGGGUGUGUGAUUUGAAUAUAUCCAAAUCCCUAUAAUUAUGAUGCUGAGUUAUGACAUGAUUCUAUCAUUUUAAAUCAUGGGUAGCAUUUGUUUCUCCCUGUUAAAAUGUUAAUAUUUUGGAUUAUAAGGGUCCAUGUUAUCAAGAGAAUUUACCUGUGCAAGACAAAUCCUAACUGUGCAAAAUUUUUAUGAAAAUUAAAAGUAAUGUUUUUAAGAGGGAAACCCUCUGAAUUUUUUUUUCCUGUCUGCAAGUAAGUGCCUAGUUGAAGAGACAUAGAAACAAUAAAUUCAAAAGCUCUUAAAUAAGUAAACUGUGACUGAUUGAAUAGUAACCGAAUACAAAACAGUAAUAACAUAUUACUUUUUGGUUGCUAUAACUGAAUACCCUAAAAACUGGGAGAUGUGAAUGGGGGAAAAUGAAUGUUUAAUUGAUAAGGAAUUGAUCUUUAUUACAUUUACAUAUAUCUUGUAAGAUUUGCAGGAGCCAAUCAGAACUUUAAAACAAACAAAAAAACUAACAACAGAGAUCUUAAGCUGCACUUAAGCCAGAAAUACUUUGUGUACCUGAUUGAAUGGCUCACUUAAAUGUAUUGAAUUUCUUCAUACACUUAAAACAUACUUCCCUUAAGAAUUACUCCAUUUUAAAUGGGUAACUUUCAAUUUCUGAACUUACUGUUUUUCCUAAGCAUUCCGAUGGUAUAUUAUAAAAGAUCAAGAGAUUUCCAGGUGGUAAUGAAAUUUUAAUUAAAAAACAUGGAUAAAUUAACUUGGUUUAAUCUUAACAUUCGUUUUUUUUGUAGUUUAUUGUAGAAAACAAUACUGAAUAAUGAUCCUCAUAAAAUUUUUUUCAAAUUACUCUGUCCCCAGUUUGAUUUUCAAUACUUUUUGCCCAUUAUUUGAUAUAUCCUUCAAUUUAAUUUUUUCCUUCCAACAUAAUGUUUCAAAAAAUGUGAAUACAUUAUGAAUACAACAUACAAAAAGAAAUCCUGUUCCAUUUACUGUUGUGGAAGGGUAGGUAUUAUAUGAUACCCUGGGAUUGGGAUUUGUUUUAUCCGAUUAUUUUCUCCAAAAGGAGCAAGGCUUUUUCUUACAUUUCAAUUCAGAAUUGCUUGAAAAAGACUGGCCUGGAUAGAGAGACAUCCUAAAUUUGAGAUGGUGCCACCUUAAGGUAUGUCCAAAGGUAAAGUCAUUUUAGAGCACUCAACUUUCCUAGUAGAAGUGUGUUACCUUUCCUUCACUUUCAUUAGCCAGCCACAAGUCAGAGGUCCUUACAAUGCUAGGAAGUUACCAUUUUUUACUUUCAAAAUUGCAUUAUAGUGAAUUACUGUUUACAAAAUACACAUACUGUGAACAGAUAUGUUUUUGUCUUUUAUAAGGUUGUUUGUAGAAUGAGUGUUUUUUUAAAGGGGAUGUUAUAUGUUAAAUAUUUUUCAGUUUUUUAUAAAUACUAGUAACUGUUUACUAAUUUUUCUUUGGUCAGGUGUGUGCAAAUGUAGCUGAAAGAUAGGGAGAAACUGCAAAUCCAAAACUGUUUCAUUUUUCAUUUCUUACAAUGUUACCACUACAGACUUUUUUUCUCAAUCUGAAUGAUCAGUUGUGAUGUUCUGUCCUCAAAAUCGUGCUUAAUCAUAUCAGGAAACAUUUAAAUAUACAUAUGCAGGAAGCAAACUAUAGAUUGCCAUGUAUUUGUGUGAUUCAGUCUGAUUCACAGAAUUCUGAGUUUAAUAUGAAAUAAAACAACUCCACUUACAGAAACAACAACUGAAGUAUUUUCUGCCUUAUGAAAAUUUGGAGAUUAUGUUGCUAUUAGAAGGAAAGAUUUGGACAUCUUAUAUCACUGUAUAAUUUCAGAAUUUAGUUUCCAUAUCUUUUGGGAAACACGGUUAUAGCAAGAACAUAGAAUGUAAGCAACCUAUUACUAAGACACCUUAAAUGUAAAACUAGUAUGCUUGGCUGUUAACUCUAAAGAUGUUACUUAUGUUUGUUUUUAAAACAUGCAUGUAUUUAACAAUUUUAUCAUAGUAUUGUCAUGGAAAAAAUAAAUAUAUUUUCUUAC